AUGCGAAGACGUACGAUUAGCACAUUAGGAUGUGCUUCACUCUCAGCAUCUCCCUUCACUACUAUGGAAUGUCAACAACAACAACAAAAACAACAAAAACGUGGAAUUACAACACGUGGACAAUUCAAUCCCGUACACAACUUCACAUACGCGAUGGAACGUGGAGUGCGGGCCAGAGAUGCGAAGAGUUUUGAAAAACUCAUCACAAAUCCCGGUCCACUUCGUCUAAGUUACACACCCGACUAUCUCGAUUGGCUUUACCGCUGUUAUAAGACUAAAGGAAAAUAUAUGGAUGCCCGUACGGCAGCAGAGAAAAAGUUUAAUGGAAAUAUUAUUAGUAGUCAGGCGGGAUCCUCUGCAGAUGUUGGGGAUAGACUCCCAGGAGCUCCACCACCGGGAAUGUUUGUUAGACCUCCACACUCAUUUCGUCGAAUGGCUGGUGAAAUCAAACGACGAGGGGCACAGGAAACAUUGGAUGAGAUUUCAAAAGCACAAGGAAUGCUUGAUUUAUUUGAACGACAACCACAAUUUCCAGCUAUUCAUAUUGAUCGUUGUACUCGAUAUCAUCUUGUGGAGUUAUUUAAAAAUAUGGUAUUAAAUCGUUCAUUGGAUGCGACAUCUAUAUGGGAUAAGGCUUUACUGUAUCGUGCAAUUCUUUCAGAGCGUAAACAAUCAUAUCCUUCUUCUUUUCGGUAUAUAUUUGAUGCUGUAGAGAAUACAGUAUUUGCACCGAUAUUAAAAACAUCAACAUCAUCAACAACAACAACAACAGGAAUUAAUCAGGAUACAGAAACACCUGAUCCACUUACAGUAAAGUGUCCAACCAUGGAUGCUUAUUACUAUUUUUUGUAUCUAGUUAAGAAGUAUUAUAUUGAUAAUGCUGUUGAGGCCCAUGUUGUUCUUCGUUGUCAUCGAGAAGCUAAUGCAGCGGAUUUACUCUUUUCUAAUCCUCCACCAAAGGAUGAUACGGAAGUAAAACAAGCCAUUGAAGCUUUACGAUCGGCUAAUAUUGAACAGACAAAGGAUACCAAUACUACUACUACUACUACCAAUACUUCUGAUGAUAAUAAGAGUAAGAGUAGCCAAAAAUCUCAUGCUGAGGGAAAAGGAAAAACUAAUCGUCAUUUAUUACCACCAAAUUCAUAUCCACCUAUUGAUAUGCUCUGGCGUUGUGAAGAGAAUGUACCACUUCUUAAAAUUCUUCUCUUUGGUGAGUUUAACCUCAUUGUAUCUGAAAACCCGUUUGUAAAGUUUCCAAGCGCACAUGGUUUUCUCACAAGGCCAUACUCUUCAGAUGUUUCACGGGGAUCUAUGGAGGGUGUAAGUAUCGCCAAUGUAAUUGGAGAGAAACGUGGUUCUUUAUUACCAUCUUUUCCUCGAAAUGUGGCUGCUGCUAUUGAUAGUCGAGCACAAGAUUUACGUCGUCUUCAGCAGAAACAUCAUCGAGAUGAUAUUGUGAACUUUCAGAAACUAUUGCGAAGUUCACAUGCGGAUGACAAUCCUUCUGUUUUCUCCAGUUACUCGGAUUGGAGUUAUUUUAAUCCACGAGCUGUACGGGCAGAAGAACGGGAUAAACUCACACGUAAAGGUAUAGAUGCUCUUAAAGUAUAUGAUUCUGCUACGGAAGAUAUUUAUCGGUACAGUUUUGAAGAUGUACAGGCUUGCAACAGUCAACGAAUAACAAUGGCUGGUGGAACUAUGAUUCCCUAUCUUCCCACGCUACCACAUUUUGUAGCUAUUAUUAAAAAAGAUCCACAUAUUUCCUUUUUAGCCCAUGUUGGACUUCCAGAUAAACGAAAUGGAGAAGAAGCGGCUGCCAAACAUAAAGAAUUAGAAAAACGUAUUUAUUACCUUGCCCGUGCAUUACAUCAAACCGCAUUAGAAUAUCAUAAGGAAACCAUAAGACGUGUGAAUCGACAAAAAGUAAAUGUGGCAGCAUCUUUACUGGAUAACUUGGUUGAACAAGAGUGGACUACAAUGCUUCAUGCUAGUGAAGAGACGAAUAAUACACAUCAAAUAUGUGAAGGUUUACAUGAUGAGAAGACACAAAUGGCCCGUCAUCUUGGCCGUUAUUUGCCGUUUGCGCAACGUUCAUUAGAUCAGACGGGAUUCCCAACAGACGCACGGGCAGAGGACUACGCCCGAUGGAUGGCUCCACCAACAGUAGUAAAGGGAAGUACAUAG